AUGCUUACCGGCAGACUCAACGACGCAGCGAUCAUCCUGCACCUCUCCCUCGAUGACAACCAAAUCAAAUACGCAGUGAUAGGAGGCUACGCCAUCACCCAUUUCGGAGGCAACCGCCAAACAAAAGACAUCGACUGUAUCGCAAACGCCUCCAAACAGCAAAUUAUCAACGCACUCGAUACAUAUGCCGGACUCGCCGUUGUCUCCCAAGACCGCGACGACUACGUCGGUCUCUCAUGGUCGGACAAGCCAGACCGCAGCGAUGCCGUCUUCAUUCACGUUUUCUGCUCCGUGUACCCCGGUGCACGCUUUCCCUCGGCGCUUUUCCGCUUCGAGUCUCAUGAAGUGAGGGGCGAUAUCUUCGGCAGCGGCAUGGUAAGUUUCCAUGAACCUUUUUACUUGUUCAAGGCUGCACUUCGCGCGGCCGGUGCUCGGUUGAAUUUCCUUGAUUCUGUUGAUAUCCGGUGGUUGGUGCAGCGAUACACUACUGAGAUUAAGGUGAGAAAGUAUAAGAUUCAUCUUGUGGAUGUUGGGCGUGCGCUCAAGCAACACCCUAAUCUUGAGGGUUUGUUUGAGCCACUUGGGAUUAAUGUUGCUCAAGCUAAAAUUGCUGCACAGGACUUCAAUCCUUUUAAGGUUUCUUCAACCGGAGUGAAAGAUAUACCGAAAGGUUUGUUUGAUAGCUUGGCUGACUCCUGA